AAAACCUUCACUUUGGCACUCUCUCAUUCCUUUUCAGUCUAAGUAUUGCAGGGAUCUAUGGGAAGGUCUCCUUGCUGUGAUAAGGUCGGCGUGAAGAAGGGCCCGUGGACUCCGGAGGAGGACAGGAAGCUAGUAGACUACAUUCACAAUCAUGGCCAUGGAAACUGGAAGAAUCUCCCGCAGAACGCAGGCUUGAAUCGGUGCGGAAAGAGCUGCCGCCUCCGAUGGACAAACUACCUCCGACCGGAUAUCAAGAGGGGGAAGUUCUCAGAGGAUGAAGAACGGCUCAUCAUCCACCUCCAUUCGGUCCUUGGAAACAAGUGGUCUAUGAUGGCCACCCGGCUGCCUGGACGAACGGAUAAUGAAAUCAAGAACUAUUGGAACACCCAUCUGAGGAAGAAGCUCCUCCUCAUGGGUAUCGACCCGGUCACCCAUAGACCGAAAGCCGAUCUCGAUCUCCUCGCAAUGCUUCCUCCUCUUCUUGCAGCUGCUCAGAACCUUGGCAACUUGACCGCCCCUUUGGAUAAUGUUCUUAGGCUGCAAGCAGAUGCUGCAAACUUAGCCAGGUUCCAAAUCCUGCAAAGCCUUAUCCAGCUCACGAGUAUCACUUCUCCUUUGGAUGCGGACGCAAGGAAUCUUUUGGGUUCGGCCUCCCUUCAGAACUACCAGUUCAGCGAUCUCCUCCAAAUGAACCACCAGCUCGAGGGAGUGAUGGACGGCUCCCUCGGCCUUCCUCAGAAUCAAAUCCCGGUGACUUCAGGCCUCUCGGGUUUACGCAUCCCGCAGUUAUCCAAUAGCUUUCAGGCUCACCCCGAAUCAAGCAAUACUCUCGAGGGACAAGAAAUGGUGGCAAAGUUCAGUGAUUCUUGCUCAUUCACCGAGCAUGCAAUGGAAAGCAAUGGUCAAAGCACACAUCCAGUAUUCAAUUCUAAUGCCAUUCCAACUUCCCAUUCCACCCCUUCAUUGGUAUCAACCUCCCCGGAGCAUGCCUCAGCAGAUCAAAAGCAAGAUCCAAUCAACUCAACUGCCUCAACUCCAUUUGAGGAUUGGGAAGGACUAAAUCUAGAUGGCCCGGACAAUGAUCUCAGCUGGAAAGAUUUUCUAGACCAAAUAUCAUGGUCGAGUGCAUCGUAGAGCAGAGAUCCCAACCAUGAGAAGAAGGAAUUAUCUGCGCGUAGAAAGCUUUAACACUGGCUUCAUGAAUUUGUCACACUUUCAAAAGAUUUUGAUUUCAAUAAAUAGAAGCUACCAACAAAAAACAUUAGUAAAUGUAUACAAAGCCAAGGCUUGUGUAAAACCCUGAUGGGAUGAUAUUUUUUUUUAUUUGUUAUUUUUGGUACCG